UGUAUUAAACAAGGCCAAAAGUAUAAACAGCAAAACAUGUGAGCAUCUGAUAAUACUAAGGGUGAAAAACAUUUCCCAAGUUAGUUAAAUUAUGCACCUACUAUGCCCAGUACAAUUAAAUUCAAAAUGAGGUGCUCCAAAUUCUGAUGGCAACACAAGAAUAGAACUAACAUUAGAAACAUAGCAAAAUGGUUGAACUAUUAUUCAUCAUGCUCCUCUUUCUCUUCCUCUCCCUAAUCUCUCCCACACUCUCUCUCAACCAAGAAGGUCUCUUCCUCCUCCAAGCCAAACUCCAUCUCUCUGAUCCCUCCAACACUCUCUCCAACUGGAACCCUAACGACUCAUCUCCGUGCAACUGGACCGGCAUCCUUUGCAACAAUCUCACCAACUCCGUCACCUCCAUCAACCUCCCUAACUCCGAUCUCUCCGGUUCUUUCCCCGUUUCCCUCUGCCGUCUCCCUCAUCUUUCCCAUCUCUCUCUCCCUAACAAUAACCUUAACUCCACUCUCCCCACUACCAUCUCCACUUGCACCACUCUCCGCCAUCUUGAUCUCUCCCUCAACCUCUUCGCCGGCAAUAUCCCUCACACUCUCUCCGACCUCCCUCUCCAAGAACUCAACCUCUCCUUCAACAACUUCUCCGGCAACAUCCCACAAACCUUCAGCAACUUCCAACAACUCCAAACAAUCUCUCUCGUUAACAACCUCUUUACUGGAACAAUACCUUCCUCUCUAAGCAAUGUUUCUUCUCUCAAACAUCUUCAUCUUGCUUACAACAACUUCCUCUCUGGAACAAUACCUUCUUCACUCGGAAACCUCACGAACCUUGAAACUCUAUGGCUUGCUGGUUGCAACCUUGUUGGUCCUAUUCCAAAUUCUUUUCGAAAACUCGUUCAUCUGAAUAAUCUUGACUUGUCACGUAACAUGCUGAACGGAGCUAUACCGGAACUUGUUAUAGCAAGUUUAACCAGCAUUGUUCAACUUGAGCUUUACACAAACUCUUUCUCCGGCGAGCUACCACGUGUAGGAAUAUCAAAUUUGACUCGGUUGGAAAGAUUUGAUGCUUCGGAUAACGAGUUAACUGGGACUAUUCCUGAUGAGUUGUGUCGUUUGAAGAAUCUGGGGUCUCUUGGUUUGUACUAUAACCGACUCGAGGGUUCUCUGCCGGAGAGUUUAGCGUCGUCGGAGAGUUUAUACGAGCUUCUUUUGUUCAACAACACGCUCUCAGGAAAGUUGCCAAGUGGUUUGGGAAGUAACUCAAGGCUGCAGUUGAUUGAUGUUUCGUUUAAUCAUUUUUCCGGUGAGAUUCCGGCAGGUUUGUGUCGGCAGGGAAGGUUAGAGGAGUUGUUGUUGAUUCAUAACUUGUUUUCCGGGGAAAUUCCAGCGGGUCUUGGAAACUGUUUGAGCUUAACAAGAGUUAGGCUUGGCAACAAUAAUCUUUCUGGUGUUGUUCCUUCUGGUUUUUGGGGUUUGCCUCAUGUGUAUCUACUUGAGCUUGUUGAAAAUUCACUUUCUGGGCCUAUUUCAAAUGCAAUUUCAGGAGCAAGUAAUCUUUCAAUUUUGUUGAUUUCAGGGAAUAGGUUUAAUGGGUCAAUUCCUGAUUCAAUUGGGUCAUUGUCUAAUCUUGGAGAGUUUGUUGCUAGCAGUAAUAGUCUUACCGGUCCAAUUCCAACCGGUAUGGUUAAAUUAAGCCAGUUGAAUAGGCUUGUUCUUAGGGAUAAUCAAUUUUCUGGUGAGAUUCCUCAUGGUAUUGGUGAUUGGAAGAAGCUCAAUGACCUUGAUUUGGCUAAUAAUAGGUUUGUUGGUAAUAUUCCAAGUGAAUUAGGAACCUUGCCAGCACUUAAUUUUCUUGAUCUUUCUGGUAAUUUACUUUCCGGUGAAAUUCCAAUGGAGUUGCAGAAUUUGAAGCUUGAUUUCUUUAACCUGUCAAAAAAUCAGCUUUCUGGUGAAAUUCCCCCUCUUUAUGCUAGUGAGAAUUAUAGGGAAAGUUUUACAGGAAAUACCGGUCUCUGUGGCGAUAUCUCUGGAUUGUGUCCAAAUUUGGGUGAGAAGAGUAAGAAUAGGAGCUAUGUGUGGGUUUUCAGGUUCAUAUUUGUACUUACUGGUGCUGUGUUAAUUGUUGGGCUGACAUGGUUUUACUUCAAAUUCCGGAACUUCAAGAAGAUGAAGAAAGGAUUCAGUAUGUCGAAAUGGAGGUCGUUUCAUAAACUAGGCUUUAGCGAGUUUGAGAUUGUUAAAUUGAUGAGUGAAGAUAACGUGAUAGGGAGCGGAUCUUCUGGGAAGGUUUACAAAGUGGUGUUGAGUAAUGGAGAGGCAGUGGCAGUGAAGAAAUUAUGGGGAGCAGCAACUAAGAUGGAAAGUGGAAAUGUCAAGGAUCGCGAAAAGGAUGAAUUUGAAGUUGAAGUUGAAACAUUGGGAAAGAUUAGGCACAAGAAUAUUGUAAGGUUAUGGUGCUGUUAUAGCAGUGGAGAUAGUAAACUCUUAGUUUAUGAGUACAUGCCAAAUGGAAGUUUGGAUGAUUUGUUGCAUAGUAGCAAGAAGAAUUUGUUGGAUUGGCCAACAAGACUUAAAAUUGCUGUUGAUGCUGCUGAGGGACUUUCUUAUUUGCACCAUGAUUGUGUUGUUCCUAUUGUUCAUAGGGAUGUAAAAUCUAGUAAUAUAUUGCUAGAUGGAGAAUUUGGUGCAAAGAUUGCUGAUUUUGGAGUUGCUAAAUUUGUUAGAAGUGUUAGCAAAGGGACAGAAGAACCCAUGUCUAUGAUUGCAGGAUCUUGUGGUUACAUUGCACCAGAAUAUGGUUAUACUCUUAGGGUGAAUGAAAAGAGUGACAUUUAUAGCUUUGGAGUAGUGAUUUUGGAGUUGGUAACUGGAAAACACCCUAUUGAUCAAGAGUAUGGAGAAAAAGAUUUGGUAAAAUGGGUUUCUUCCAAAUUGAAUGAGGAUGGUCAAGAUCAAGUGAUUGAUCUAAAUCUUGAUUCUAAAUACAAGGAAGAAAUAAGCAAAGUUCUCAAGGUAGGGCUUCUUUGCACAAGCUCUCUUCCCAUAAACCGUCCUUCAAUGCGCAGAGUGGUGAAUAUGCUGCAGGAAGUAACAGCAGUUGCCAAGUUCAGAAGUGGAAAAUUCUCUCCUUACUAUCAAGAAGUAGUCUCUAAUAAUGAUCAUUUAGAAGCAUAGCUUAAACUAGACCUACGUGUCUCAGACACGGACAUAUCGGCAACACAGACAUGUCGACAACAAUAACAAUUUGAAAAAAUGGAAUUGGAUGAAAUCAAAUGUGUCAGUGUCGUGUCGUCUGUCACCAACACAUGUCAGACAUCGUACACAACUUUAAUGUAAAAUAUCGGUGCUACAUAUAUAGUCUAUCAUCAUUAAACUAUAUUAUAUUUACUUAACAUUCUUAAACUAUAA